UUUUUUUUGGUCCACCCCUCCACCUUUGCUUGCCUUAAACCCUUUUGACUCUCAAAAUCUUCAACCUAUAUAUAAUCACACACCCCUCAAUCUCCUCUCAUAAUCUGCUUCUACGCAUGCCACUUUAAUAUUAUAAUUAACUAUAAACAUAUCCAUAAACUUUAUUAAUUUGCUUCUACAAUCAACCAUUUAAAGAUGAAUUGGAACACUACUUCAACAAGCACGAGCAACAAGAAGUUAAAGGGAGUUAGGCGUCGAAAAUGGGGGAAAUGGGUAUCGGAGAUUCGUGUUCCGGGGACUCAAGAACGUUUAUGGUUAGGAACUUAUGCUACACCGGAAGCUGCUGCGGUGGCACACGACGUAGCUGUUUAUUGUUUAAGAAGACCUUCUACGUUGGACAAACUCAACUUUCCUGAGACUCUGUCUUCUUAUUGUAUUCAACAGAGAGAUGAUUUGAUGUCUCCGAGGUCUGUUCAAAAGGUUGCUUCUGAUGUUGCCAUGGAUGUUGAUGCGAGAAAUAUUGCAAGGGAAACAACAACUUUGAUGGAAACGAAUCACGUGAGUGGGAAUGAUGAUGAUGAUGAUGGUCACGUGCAUCAUAAUGUUGUUGGUGAUGAUGAUUGGUGGGAAGGUUUGGAUGAUGACUUGAGUUGGCAAGGAAUUACUCAAGUUUCUAGACAAGAGGAGGGAUUGAGUAUUUCCAUUGAAGAUUAUCUUCAGAUUUAGAUCAUUAUAUGUAUACAUUAUUGGUAUUGAUUACUUUUUUGUGUUAAACACAAUACAACUCUGAAUGAAGAAGAUGCGUAUUUUGACUGUGAA